UUGUAGAAACUGCUAAGUUGACCAAAUUAACCAACAACCGCUAAGGGCUUGCCUUGACCAAUGCUAAGCUCGUGAAAAGUUAUAACACUACUAUUACAACUUCACAAGUAAUUACAUUGACCGGCCAACUUAGACUCAAUUGACACGUUUAACAUGUUUAGUAAUACUCCGUAACUCUCAACGAUUAAAAAAAAAACGGAAAAAGUUUGUAGUAUAUUAAUUUCUUUUAUAUAAAAAAAUACAAAAAUUAAAAUUAAAUGAUAGUAUACCAUCUCUAGACAAUACACUCUCCACUCAUACAACACAAGUAGAGUACGUGUAAUCACCCCAUAUUUUUAUGAUACAACCAAAAUAUUUAUACACAUCUUCCUCAUUCUCUCUCUAAAAACUCUCUCUUUCUCUCUCUAAAGUACACAGUACCCUAGAGCCAUUUCCCCUCCUACAAAACCCCCCCACUCUUCACACCACAGCAGUCUCUUCUACCCAAAACCCAUUUCAGACAUCCUUCUUUUUUUUCUCUGUAAUAUAAAUUUUGCUUUUUUAUUUUUAUUUUUUUCUCCAAAAAUCUUCCAUUUUUUCAUUUUUUUUUUAUUUUUUUGUUCAAUCAAAAAUCUGUUCUUUUUAAUCUAUCAAUCAAAACUACCCAGAAAAAAAAGUUGGUUAAUUUAUCUUCAGUAGAUGCAGAAAAAAUCCAUUCUUUGAAGUUUUUUGUGUUUUUUCUAGAGAGAGAAAGAGUUGAGUUUUUUUUAGAGAGAGAAAGUUGCAAGAAACAGAGCAAGAGUUGAAGAAAAUGGCACCAAGUUUUGAUCUUUUGUGUGCAGAGGAUAACUCAAGCAUUUUUGAUGAAGUUGAUGAUAAUUAUUUUGGGGUUGUUGACGAUGAUGUUUUUCAGAUUUCUAACUUGCAUCAACAACAUGGGAAUCUACGAAACUUUGAUAAUAUUAACAUUAAUUAUUAUUAUAAUAACAAUAAUCAUAAUCAAGAACACAACUUUGAAGCUUUAUAUUCUGGGUUUUUUGUGGCAAAUCAUGAAUGUUUGGCUUCAUUGCUUGAAAAUGAAAGGCAAUAUUUUCUGGGUCUUGAUUAUUUGAAGAAAUUAAGAAAUGGGGAUUUGGAUUUGAGUGCUAGAAAUCUGGUUAUUGAUUGGAUUCAUAAGGUUCAAUCCCAUUAUAAUUUUGGGCCACUUUGUGUUUAUCUGUCUGUAAACUAUUUGGAUCGCUUCCUUUCAGCUUAUGAAUUACCUAAGGGCAAAGCUUGGAUGAUGCAACUAAUUGGGGUUGCUUGUUUAUCUCUAGCUGCCAAAGUGGAUGAAACUGAUGUUCCCCUCAUCUUAGAUUUACAAGUUUGUGAUAGCAAGUUUGUAUUUGAAGCAAAUACAAUCCAAAGAAUGGAACUUUUAGUGUUGAGCACUUUGAAGUGGAGAAUGCAAUCAGUGACACCAUUUUCAUUCAUAGACUAUUUUCUAUAUAAAUUGAGUGGAGAUAAAAUGCCACCAAAAAGUCUAAUUUUUCAAGCCAUCCAACUCAUCCUAAGCACAAUCAAAGGAAUUGACUUGAUGGAAUUCAGACCUUCAGAAAUUGCAGCAGCAGUGGCAAUUUCUGUAACACAGCAAAACCAAAUUGUUGAAUGCACUGAUAAAGCAUUCUCUUUUCUUACUGAUCAGGAGAGAUUAAUGAAGUGUGUUGAAAUGAUGCAAGAAAUGAGAAUGAACAAUAGAUCAAAUGGUGCAACAUCAGUGCCACAAAGUCCAAUAGGGGUGCUUGAUGCUUCAGCAUGCUUAAGCUAUAAGAGUGAUGAAUUAGGGGUGGGACUUCGGUCUGGCGGUUCGGUUUGACCUCGGUUUGAGUCGGUUUUGGUUUGGAGCGGUUCGGAUUGAAACGGUUUAGUUUAGCUGGCGGGUCGGUUUGGUUCGGUUUGGGUUAGUCACGGCUCGGUUUGGUUUUGGUUUAUUUCUUUGCGGUUUAAAUUUGGUUUGGGUCAUAAGCGGGUCGGUUUAUAAACGAUUCAGAUUAUGUCGGUUCGGUUUGAUACGGGUCGGUUUAGGGGGCGGGUUUACCCGGGUCAAUGUCAGUUCGGUUUACAAACGGUUUGGAUCAAGCCGGUUUGGUUUGAAAUGGGUUGGUUUAGGGGCGGGUUUACCCGGGUCAAUAUCGGUUCGGUUUAUAAACGGUGCGAAUCAUGUCGGUUCAGUUUGAAAUGGGCCGGUUUAGUGGAGGGUUUACACAGUUCAAUUGGUUCGGUUUAUGAACGGUUUGGAUCAUGUCGGUUCGAUUUAUAAGCGGUUUAGGUCAUGAAUUCAUGAUUUUUUUAAAGAUCGCGUCAUGACCAUGAUUUAAUGAGUUGAUACUUAUAAUACGAUAAAUCGAUAACUAAGAA